GCCGCUGGCGAAUAGAAAACGAAAAGAAACUGAAUUUUCUUUUUUCUUGUUUUUCCCAAACUCGGUAUGUUGCGGUGGAUCUGCCAGUGGAACGCAGUGUUGGCUUUUAAGAUCUGUGCAACAGUGAACAACUGUGUUAGCUGAACGUUAAAAAACAAAACAAAAUCAAAUCCAGCGCGAUUUUAACCCAAUUUUCUUUUCGUCUGCUGAUGUGACCAUUGCCAAGUAGUAGAGAAACCCCUCGAUUUCUGAUUCUCGUGAAAAAAAAGUUAAGUGAGAAAAAAGAAAAAAACCAUCAAUCAUGUCGUUGAGUGUUAGAACUAAAGAUGAGCAGGAAAAGGAGCCAAUGAACGAAGAGAACCAGCAUCGAGACUCAUCCGACCAGAAGGUCGUCAUGGAGAGGCAACUCGGCCUAUUGGAUGGUGUUGCCAUGAUUGUCGGCACAAUCGUCGGUUCGGGCAUUUUCAUUAGCCCUAAAGGUGUCCUCCUAUCAGCCGGUUCUUCCGGAUUGUCCAUCAUCAUCUGGACAUUGUGCGGAUUCGUUUCGUUCGUCGGCGCCAUCUGCUACGCAGAAUUGGGCACCAUGAUUGACCGUUCGGGUGGCAACUACGCUUACCUGAGCGAAGCUUACGGUCCGCUCCCGUCCUUUAUGUUCCUCUGGGCUUCCCUCCUCAUUUUCAUUCCCGUAACGAAUGCGAUUAACGCUCUAGCGUUCGCCAAUUAUCUUCUUUUACCAUUAUGGGGUACUUGCCUACCAUCCGACUCGGCCGUUCGGCUCGUUGCCGCUUUCGCCAUAGCCUCAUUGUGCCUGAUCAAUUGUUGGAACGUUAACUGGUCGGCUAAAUUGAGGAGCGUGUUUUUAGUUGCCAAAGUGGCCGCUUUGGCGCUCGUCAUCGUCACCGGCUGCGCUUUCUACUUUGUCCAGGGCAAUUCCACGCGCGGAUUUCAAGAGCCGUUCGCUACGACAUCAACGGAUCCCAGUUUAAUCGCCCUGUCUUUUUACUCCGGCCUUUUCUCGUAUGGUGGAUGGAACUGCUUGAAUUUUGUAGUGGAAGAACUGAAAGAUCCUUACAAGUACCUACCACGGGCCAUUGGGAUUUCUAUGCCGAUCAUCACGCUAGUCUACGCUUUGGCUAACGUAGCUUACUUGAUUGUUUUAACUCCAGAGGAAUUGCUUUCAUCUUCGGCUGUUGCUGUGACGUUUGGUGAACGUGUUUACGGUUCUCUCACGUGGAUCGUGCAAAUUCUUGUGGCAAUGUCAGCACUUGGCUCAUUGCAUUGCAACAUAUUCAGCUCGUCCCGCAUUUUCUUUGUUGGUGCUCGUAACGGCCAUUUGCCCGGAGCGUUGGCUCUCAUUAGUCUGGAAAACUUGACACCCAUGCCAGCCAUUAUCUUUAUCGGGGCGUUGGCCAUUGCCAUGUUAAUCGUCGGCGACGUUUACGUCCUCAUUAAUUACGUCAUGUUCACUGAUUCAGCAUUCUUAUUAGCCACCGUGUCCGGACUUUUGUGGCUGAGGUGGACACGGCCUAAUGCUGUCCGACCUAUCAAGGUGAAUCUUGCCUAUCCGAUUGCCUUCCUAUUGGUGUCCGUCUUCUUGGUGUGCUUGCCCAUCAUUUCGAAUCCAGUUGGGGCCGUAACGGCUAUCGCAAUCACGGCCAGUGCCAUUCCAGUCUUCUGUCUCUGCAUAGCGUGGAAACGUAAACCUAACUGGAUUUCGUCUAGUAAUCAGAGAUUCACGACGACGUGCCAAAAAAUCUUCCUAGCAGUGCCAGAAGUUGCCAAUGACAAACAAUACUGAUAUCCAAUCAGUAAGAUGAUAAUUGUUACUUGCCAAU